CUGAGAGCUGAGCAGUCUAUUAGUCCACGCGCGAUCGUUGCAGUGUGAGCACGUAAACUUGUGUCAACAGACUGCACACACAAACCAUAAAUCACAACAAACAAACAAAAAUAAAGCUUAUCAGUACCUAAAAAUAAUUGAAGCAAACAAGCACCAAGAAAAAAUAAAUCGCAGUCAAUAAAUUAUUUAAACAAAAAUAAAUUUAUUUCGCUGAUUAAAGUUCUCACCGCACAGAGAUUGCGGUUGUAAAAAAUUGCAGGAGGUCAAGAGGAGUGACAAUCGAUAUAAAGGUCCCCUGACUCGUUUGAAGGUCACGGAUUUAUUAGAAUCUGCGCUCCAGACUGCUGAGAAUUCACGGGCGACCUUGAGAGCCUGGCCCAGGACCAGGACGAGAGGAGGAGAGGGUGUCAGCCGAGAUUAAGAUAAAGGAGCUGGACUCUUGAAUUCGGUAGAGCCGAAUCGCGAUAAAAGGGACGAUUAAAUUAUUAUAAUGCCGGCAGACGCGGAGCUCAGCAAUAUCCUUAGCAGAAGGCAAAGAAUUAACGAGGACUUAGAAGAAGGAAAAGAAGUUAAAAAACAGUACAAAUUUGUCAACGUAUACACCGAAUUCCAUGAGUUAUCACGCCGAGAGAUAAAGCAGUACGAGCAGACCUUCAAUAGAUUUGACGAUGGACGUGAUGGAUUUCUGGAUUUAUCUGAGCUGAAAAGAAUGAUGGAGGUGUUGGGAGCACCUCAAACUCAUCUGGGACUUAAAGCGAUGAUCAAAGAAGUUGAUGAAGACGAUGAUGGUCGUAUUUCUUUCCGCGAAUUUUUACUGAUCUAUCGCAAAGCACGUGCCGGAGAAUUGGAACAAGAUUCUGGACUUGGUCAAUUAGCUCGACUUACUGAAGUAAAUGUCGAUGAAGUCGGAGUAACUGGUGCUAAAAAUUUCUUCGAAGCAAAGAUCGAGGAAUUGCGAAAGUCAAGCAAGUUCGAAAACGAAAUACGAAUGGAGCAAGAGGAAAGAAAACGCGAAGAAGAAGAUAAAGCAAUGAGACGUGCGCAAUUUCGUCAGAAGGCUGCUAUUUUUAAUAACUAAUUUUUUAGU